AUGGUGAAGGAAUCGGGAGAGGAUAAUCCAAUGCGGAAGAUCCGCAUUGAGAAACUGACUUUGAAUAUAUGCGUUGGAGAGUCCGGGGAUCGAUUGACACGUGCCGCGCGAGUGCUCGAGCAGCUUACGGGACAAAGACCGCAGUUCUCGAAAGCUCGGUUCACAAUUCGUUCGUUUGGCAUCCGAAGAAAUGAGAAAAUUGCGUGUCAUGUGACUGUGCGUGGCAAGAAGGCGGAGGAUAUUCUUGAAAAAGGGUUGAAAGUGAAAGAGUACGAACUGAAGAAGAGAAACUUUGCAAACUCGGGAAACUUCGGCUUCGGCAUCCAGGAACACAUCGACCUCGGCAUUAAGUACGACCCUUCCACUGGAAUAUAUGGGAUGGAUUUUUAUGUUCAAUUAGCCCGGCCGGGCAAUCGCGUUGGGCACCGCAAGCGGGCUCAAAGUAGAAUUGGAUUCUCUCACCGCGUGACGAGAGAAGACAGUAUUAAAUGGUUCAAGCAGACCUAUGAUGGAAUUGUGUUAAAUCAGUGA